GUCGUUAAAUCUGUACAUACAUAAUUCCAAAUUGUAACAUUUUCGGUUAUCACAAUGGUGGAACAGCAGAGGAAGCGCCUGGAGGUCGCUCUUAGCGACAUGAUUGAGGACAUGUACCGCACCCACUUGCGCCGUAUGCAGUCCAAAAUGCAUCGGUGCGCUGCCCGUUGCUGCGACGACGAGCACGGAACGCUGGAGAGUGUGCAGAACUGCAUUGAGAAAUGCGCAGGACCCUUGAUGGAUGCCCAGGACUAUCUGCAGCAUGAGCUUGGUCAGUUCCAGAACCGUUUACAGAACUGUGUGAAGGAUUGCAAUAGCGAUGUUCGCUCGCGAUUGCCGAAUAAUCCCAAUGACAAAGACAUGUCCCGAUCGCAGCAUCUGUUCGAGCACUGCACCGGGAACUGUGUUGACAAAUACAUCAACCUGUUGCCGGGACUUCUCAAGUCGAUCCGUCAGACCCUGGACCGUGGUCCGCCGAAUAGAUCGAACUUGACUGCCCGGAGCCAAGAUGCUUAGUAUUUCUCGUUUGACCCACACUGUAUUCCACUUGCUGAAAAUUAUAAAUAUUGCAAAUUCCAUUCAGAAAUUCCCGACGAAACUUAUACGCCACUAAAGGAUUGUCAAUUAGUCACUUAUAUAUUGAACAUUUGGUAUAGCUUACACUAAAGAUAGGUACAUUAAGGAAACACUCUCAGGAAAAAGUGAAAGCUCCAAGUUCCAGCUUAGGAGAGAGCUCUGAUCUGCUCUUCUAGCCUCUCAAGUAAGCGCUUACGUGGCCUAGCUCAAAGCUCUCACUCGCCAUUAGGGCCCUCACACACUAAACAUCUAAUAAUAAAGAUUCUUAGCAAUAUACAACAAUAUACAAC